CAACUCCCUCUGUCUCAAACAGCGAGCUCCAUUAUAGCUCUCAGAUCAUUGUUGUUUCUGGGUUUCAAGCAUUUGAAGAAGAAGAAAAUGAAGAGUCCGAGAAAAGGAGGAGAGGUUUCUCAAGACCCUCCUCCAUACCAUGUUCUUCACAAAUUGCCUCCUGGUGAUAGCCCUUAUGUUCGAGCCAAACACGUCCAGUUAGUUGAGAAGGAUCCAGAAGCUGCAAUAGUAUUGUUUUGGAAGGCGAUCAAUGCUGGAGACAGGGUGGAUAGUGCCCUAAAGGACAUGGCAAUAGUCAUGAAGCAGCAAGACAGAGCAGAUGAAGCAAUUGAAGCAAUAAUGUCAUUCAGGGAUCGCUGCUCCAAGCAGGCACAGGAAUCCCUAGAUAACGUACUAAUUGACUUGUACAAGAAAUGUGGGAGAAUGGAGGAGCAAAUAGAGCUAUUGAAGCAGAAGCUUCGAAUGAUUUACCAAGGAGAGGCCUUCAAUGGUAAGCUUACCAAGACAGCACGCUCUCAUGGAAGGAAGUUCCAGGUCACCAUCAAGCAAGAGACCUCCAGGAUACUGGGGAACUUAGGUUGGGCCUACAUGCAACAAGGGAACCAUGUGGCAGCAGAAGUGGUAUAUCACAAAGCUCAAAUCAUCGAUCCAGAUGCCAACAAGGCCUGUAACUUAUGCCUCUGCCUGAUCAGGCAAGCCCGGUAUGCAGAGGCACGGUCAGUUCUUGAUGAAGUGUUGCAGGGUAAGCUUUCAGGAUCAAGCGAGGACAAGUCGAAAAAACGCGCUGCGGAACUGUUGCAGGAGCUAAAGCAAUGCCAGCCUGUAGUCUUGUCAUCCAAUAAUUCUUUAGGUUUAAAUAUAGAAGAUGCUUUUCUGGAGGGGCUUGACCAGUUGGUGAAGCACUGGACCGCUUUAAGAUCAAGAAGACUUCCCAUCUUUGAAGAGAUUUCUCCGCACAGGGAUCAGUUAGCGUGCUGAUCUUCGUUGUUGCUUGCCUCCCCUUAAUAUUUGCGGGUAUAAACUAUAUGAUAACGAUCACAAUCACUUGUAUAAAUGGCUGUAUUCACCCGUUUAAUCAAAGAUAAAUGCUGGAGUGUGUGAAAUGAGGCAUGAUGAGAUUGUUAGCUUGUUAA